GUUCAGGCUUUGACGGCACCAAUCCAGAUUCUGAACAGGGGAGAGAGAGCAGAAGCGCUGGUGGUGGCUGGGUAGUGGUGCUGCCUUUUUGCCAUCUCAUCUUCACAGCUUCAGUGGCGUGCUAAGAUUCCACGGAGUAAAGUCACAGACCGGCGGCUGAGAUGGCGCCUCUCAAGUUCCUCGAAGAUCAGCAGGUCGCUCAUCCAGAGCUCGCAGAAUGGUAUCAGCAGUUUGGGGACCUCUAUCAGAGGAAGCUAUGGCAUCAACUGACCGUGAAAUUGGAGCAAUUUGUGUCUUUAGCAGCCCUGCAGUCUGGCGAUGGCCUGAUCCAGCUAUAUCAUAACUUCAUUGCCGACUUUGAGACCAAGAUCAACCUGCUCAAGCUGGCGCAAUUUGCGGUCGUCGUAUCGAGGCAGUACAGAGAAAAGGACGCUGCCAUUGCCUACCUGGAGCAGAUUGUGGAGAAGCUGAGGCAAACAAAGCAGGCGCGGGUGGAGGAGCCUGUCCUGUAUGUCAAAAUGCAGAUUGCGAAACUGAAGCUGCAAGGCGGGGAGGAUAAGGCCACCAAGGACUUGCUGGAGGAGGGGAAGGGCACGCUGGAGAGCAUGGCAGACGUGGACCCCAGUGUGCACGCUAGCGUGUACUGGGUCAGCUCGCAGUACCACAAGUCGCGGCAGGACUUUGCCGAGUUCUACCGGAGUGCGCUGCAGUACCUCUCGUACACCUCGGUCGAUACUCUCUCAGAGGACUUCAAGCUGAACUUUUCUGUCGACCUUUCUCUCGCUGCUCUCCUGGGAGAGAACAUCUACAACUUCGGAGAGCUGCUUGCGCACCCAAUCAUGAAGGUCUUGGAGAGCAACAAGGGCGCCGAGUGGCUGUUCCAGAUCGUGCACGCGUUCAACGCAGGCGACCUCAGCAAGUACGACGCACUGUGCAACCAGUAUGCAAAGCAGCUCAACGCGCAGCCUGCGCUGGUGGCCAACGAGCGCCGGCUUCGGGAGAAGAUUACCAUCCUCAGCUUGCUGGAGCUCGUCUUCAGCCGGCCCUCAGAGGACAGGACGAUCUCGCUCGCUGAGAUCGCGGAGAGGACGAAGCUUCCCAUCGACGGGGUCGAAUUUCUGCUAAUGAAAACGCUUUCGGUUCAUUUGAUAGAGGGCGUCAUCGACCAGGUCGACGGCACCGUGCGUGUUUCCUGGGUCCAACCGCGGGUCCUAGCCGUCACACAAAUCUCGGGCUUGCGCGAUAGGCUCGACUCCUGGCUAACAAAGGUGCACUCGACGCUCCUUUCUAUCGAGACGGAAGCACCUGAUCUGAUAGCUGUUAGCUGAAAUCCAAGGCUCGCUCACUCUCUGGAGAUACGCGUGGGCUGACAAGGAUUGCCUAACGGUGUUACUUUACAAGCUAAGCGAGGCCUUCUGUGCAGUAGUCUCAAUUGUCGCUUCAAUUCUUUGCGAGAGCGCAAUGGCAUGCCGGGCUGCAUGGUUGCAGUACAGUCCUUACGACGAGUUGACUCGAUGGUCGAAACAGGAAUCUCAUCGGCAUGUUCUGGGGCGGGUUCCAACGUUGAAAUGAACGUGAAAGCGGUGCUUUGCAUCUGAUAUGGCGUCGUGUCAAAC